AACGAUAACGAUACAUACACGAAUCGAAGCAACAGCUGACUUAUUACACUUGUGUUGUUCGUGAAGAAGAAGAGCUUGGUUGAAAAAUCGCAAUUUGCUAAAUUACAAAACAAGAAUCGUGGAAUUUUAAGGUCCAUUCCAGUGGUUUCAUGUGAUCCAUGCCAGUUGCAUACAAAAAAACACGGAAACAGCACAAUCGCCAGCAGAGUGAUAUGAAAACAGCCAGGUGGAGCGUGGCCAGUUGAUUCCAGUCGCCCAGUCGCGUCAUCCAGCAUGUUCCGGAGUCGCAGCUGGUUCGGCGGUCCCUGGGGCGGGCGUCCCAAGAACCGCCUCUCUCUGGAACACCUCAAGUACCUGUAUAGCAUUUUGGAGAAGAACACCACCGUCUCUGAGAGCAACCGUGGCCUGCUGGUGGAGUCGUUGCGCUGCAUUGCGGAGAUCCUAAUUUGGGGCGACCAGCACGACUCUCUGGUGUUCGACUUCUUUCUGGAGAAGAACAUGCUAUCUUACUUCCUGCACAUCAUGCGGCAGAAGAGCGGCGGCUCUAGCUUUGUGUGCGUGCAGCUGCUACAGACGCUCAACAUUCUCUUUGAGAACAUACGAAACGAAACGUCGCUGUAUUAUCUGCUGAGCAAUAACCAUGUCAACUCCAUUAUGGUGCACAAGUUUGACUUUUCCGACGAGGAUGUGAUGGGCUACUACAUUCUCUUCCUGAAGACGCUCAGUCUGAAGCUAAACACCCACACCAUUCACUUCUUCUACAAUGAGCACACAAACGACUUUCCGUUGUACACGGAGGCCAUCAAGUUCUUUAAUCAUCCCGAGUCCAUGGUGAGGAUUGCUGUGCGAACCAUUUCCUUAAAUGUCUACAAAGUGCAGAACUCCAGCAUGCUGCGGUUCAUAAGAGACAAAACUGCUGCUCCGUACUUUAGUAACCUGGUUUGGUUUAUUGGCAAGCACAUUCUGGAACUAGACACCUGCGUGCGCACAGAUAUAGACCACCAGUCGAACCAGAAGCUAUCCAAUCUGGUGGCGGAGCACCUGGAUCACUUGCACUAUUUGAGUGACAUUCUGUUGCUGGACAUAAAGGACCUGAACGCGGUGCUCACGGAGCACUUGCUGCAUAAGCUGUUUGUGCCCCUGUACAUAUUUUCUUUGACGCCAGCCCCGCCGCCGCCUUCGCUGGCGGUGGUCACGCAGAAUCUGGCUGCCGUGCUUAAUCGGAAUGUGGACAUUGACAUACAGGAGAUGCACAAUCCACGCGUUAGCUCAAUCGUGGCCCUGUUCCUCCUCUCUCUGGUCUUUCUGGUCGUCUCCCAUGCGCCGCUGGUGCACGCCUUAGCCUGGGUCAUUCUCAACGGUGAUCACAGUGUGUUCAAGGAGGGCGCGGCCGAGAUUCUCAAUUCGUACGUGGAGCACCGCAAGGUGGUUGUGCCGGGAUUCGGUGAGCCCAACGAGAGUCUCGAGCAGGCCCUGGACACGGUCACCGGCCAGUCAAGUGGCUCUAGCUAUGCUCUAAGCGAAGACAGUGGUGUGGAAUCGUCAUCGCCAGCCGCCACGGAACUAGAAUUACAGGCGGAUGACACGGAAUCGGUAGAGACAAAACUGCUGCGAAACAUAACUGACGAAGAGAAACAAUUGCAGCUGCAGAAGUCAUCUUCCUUGGCGAAGGCUGACCUCGGUGAUAUGGCCAAGCCGUUUUUGGACACAGUCCUGCAGGCCUUGGACUGCACUGAGAACGACUACCUGGCUCUGCUGUCGCUGUGCCUCAUCUAUGCAAUGUCGCACAAUCGGGAUGGUGUCAAGAACGAGUGGUUUGAGCAGGUUCUGGCCAAGUCUACACGUGGUUCAUUCAGCUAUAAGACAGCCUUGAUAGAACAUCUGUUGGAUAUCAUCACACAGUCCAGUCAGCCAUCCUGCCGCAUUCGCCUGAUAACCGUUGAGAUUGCCCUGGAGCUGCUGGUUACCUUUACGCGCCCCAACUCGGAUGAGGCACGCUGCAUCACUCCCGCCCAGCAGGAUUUACUCUUCAGCGCCAGAAACCAGUCCAUGGCGGUGCUCCGCAACUUCUACAAGUCAGAGGAUAUCUUUCUGGAUCUGUUUGAAGACGAGUACAAUGAGAUGCGGAAGGCGCAACUGAAUGUGGAGUUCCUCUGCAUGGACUCUGCCAUCUUACUGCCUCCCACGGGUACGCCCCUCACGGGAAUCAGCUUUACGCGCCGCCUGCCCUGCGGAGAAGUGGAGAAGGCUCGGAGAGCCAUACGCGUCUACUUUCUCCUGCGCCGCACGUGCCAAAAGUUUUUAAACGAGAAGGAAUCUUUGCUGCCGCUGACAAACGUCGUUAAUCUGGUGCAGGUGGAGAAUGUGCUGGAUCUAAACAAUAGCGACCUGAUUGCAUGCACCGUGGUGGCAAAGGACAGCAGCAAGCAGAGGCGUUUCUUGGUCAUCGACGCCUUGCAGUUGAUUCUCGUUGAGCCAGAUGCCAAGCUGUUGGGAUGGGGCGUCGCAAAGUUUGUCGGUUUCCUGCAGGACGUGGAGGUGCAGGGCGACAAAGACGAUUCGCGCUGCCUGCAUAUAACUGUGCACCGCGGCGGAGUCACCCACAACCGCACACCGCUACUCUCGGCGAAAUUCCUGUUCGAUGACCACAUUCGUUGCAUGGCCGCCAAACAGCGGCUGACCAAGGGCCGCAGCAAGGCGCGCCAGAAGAAGAUGUAUCAGAUUGCACAGCUUAUCGAGAUACCCGGCCAGAUAGACUCGCCGGUGUUUGCUGUGGGCGGCACAAUAGCAACGUCCACGUCCAGUGGGAACAGCAGUGGCAGCAGCUCGCGCAGUGGCCACCAUCGACCCAUGUUCUCGACGGCUAACCGCGUGCCCGGAUUCGCUGCGGUUCUGCGGGGCAAUAACAGUGCCGGGGUCAGUCGCACCCAAAUGGCCCAGAAUCGCUCCAUCGAGGGCAUUCGGAAUGAAAGCGCAGGUCGCUCCCGCCGGCGCAGUCCCAGCAAUACAUCGGGCUCCAAUUUGAGGGCAGAUUACUCGGAUCGUGAGCGAUCGCCCAGUGUUAGUGUCGGCAGCCACAGUUCCUCUCAGUCGCGGGAGAACUCCCAGCCCAGAAGUGCCGGCACAAGAUCGAGGGAGAGCAGUCCCAGGAUGCCAAGGCCGCGGUCGGAGGAGAUACCCCUGGAGGAUUUCCAGCACUCACGUACCAACAGCCCGCACUCACGUGGCAACCCGUCUCCCUCCUCUCGAUCGCACACACCCACCCGGGUGCUCCACUAUGACCAGAUAUCUAUAUCCGGGCAUAGCGGAUCGCCCCGCGAACCAACAUUGAUAGCGGGCACAAAUGCCCUGCUGAGCCAAUUGAACGGAGUGACUAUGGCCCGGGAAGUGCUGCCGGUGCAGAGUUCGGAGGAGACAUCGUUCAUUGGCAGUGAUGGCGGCGAUUCCACUGGAGGUGGGUCGGAUAGCAGGCGACGGGGGCUAUAGAAACGGUCUAAGUUAGUUUAGAAAUUUUAGUAUUACAAGUUAAGGAGACGUUUAUGCUUAGAUUGUUGCUAACGUUUUGUUAUUCCAAUUAACUAAUACGGUGGUACAUAAUCUAUUUACUUUAUCAUUUUAAAUAAAAGUUCAUUUGACGAUUUUAA